AUGACUGUUUUCUGUCACAUUGCACCAAAUGGAGACAUCGAGGAUGAAUUGGCGGAGAGCUCGGACUAUCCGCGAUCAAGGAAAGACGUUGCGGAUGAAAGAAGUGCCGACGAGAGGAUCCCCUCUGCAUGGGAAUCGUGGCGGGACAGACAAAACAGCGAGAGUGCAGUUAAGGAUGCGGAUGGUCUGGACAGUUUCACGGAAGAAAAUACCAACGAUGAUUUCGAAAAGCCAGUGCAGAGUGCCGUGAAACGAUCGAGCGGACCAGAGGAACCCAAGUAUCACCCGACGGUGUUACAGAUCGACCCACUUUCCGGUGACGUGAACCGGAACAACUUGGACAAGAAGAACAGUGGGUCCCACCACCCCACACGGUGCUCGCCGCACUCUCAGUACCACCCCCCCUUUCCGACUUCCCACCACCGCCAACUACCCCCACAGCAGCGCAGCGCCAACCUCACCCCCACCGAGACCAUCUUGGUCCAGGAGCCCUACCGGCUGGACAACAACGAAAUUUACUCGGUCUGCGACGUCGAUGGCAACUGGUCGUGGCCGCUCUCCCAAAACGAGGGCAAAAAGUGGCUGCGGUGGCUCUGGGUUCUCCCUUGCCUUCUCCUGGGCAUCCUCAUGUUCUUCCUCUUCGUCAAGACGUGCCAGAACUACGCGGAACAACGCGUCCUCGCCAACGCCCGCUGCCGCGACAAAACGUGCCACUUCCAGGAUCAUUGCCAAAGCGCCGUGUCGCCGCUCAUCCGCCCCUCGUUGGAACCGCAGCGGUACCCCCCGCCGACGCGGCCCGUCCACCCGACGUCCAUGGGGCAGAUGAUGCGUCAGAUGGGGCACAUGGACCAGAUGAGCCAGAUGGGACACAUGAACCAGAUGAGCCAGAUGGGGCACAUGAACCAGAUGAGCCAGAUGGGGCACAUGAGCCAGAUGAGCCACAUGAACCAGAUAAGUCAGCGUGCGAGUCAGAUGAGUCAGCUGUACCCCCACCGGCAGCAGUCGAUGUGCCAAAACCCGCAGUCGAUGGGCCAGAACUCGCGGUCGAUAAGUCAGAGCCCGCGGCUGCAGCCUCAGCGGAUGCCAUCGAUGGCCUCCAACCUGAGUAAAAUCGGGAAGGCACAAAAGUUGAUCUACACCAGUCCCCCGCCGCAGUUUACCGUGCGCACGCAGUCGGCGUUCCCGUGCCCCUACUCAACGCCCCCAACCCCACAGACGCCGCUGCAACAGCAGUGCACGCCGCGAUCCACGCCAUUCGCGUUGGCGCAGCAUUUCCAACACUCGUACGCGAGUCCGUCUCGAAUUUCCCAGUGCUCCGGGUUUGUGGCGCCCAAUUCGAGGCGUGUGGCGCCCACCCCGAGGUGCGCUAGCCCGCGGCUCACCCGCCAGAGGCUCUCCUCCCCAAAGCCCCAAUCUUCCGCCUCCGAGGAGGGCUCGCGCUCCCCCUCGCCGAAACCCCCGUCGUAAUCUGGGAUCAAUAUCGGUGCACCCUUCAUUGUCUGCCUUGGUUUUUUUACACGUUUUUGCAUGGUCGUAAUGUAGUUCUAGCGCGUCGCCUCCAGAGUGUAAUCUCGUGUUUUUGCGUUGUUUAAGGAAUCUAAGCAAUUCUCUUCUGUAUCUUUGCGAGAGCUCUAUUGCCUCGUUUUUUUGUAAGAUUUGUAGAAAUAUAUUUUGGGAGUGAAAUCCAAUUUGUGA